AUGUCAAAUGAGGCGCUGAAGCUUUUAAAACUGAAAUGCCAUGUGGAGGCAGACAUCAAACACUGGCUGGUUCAUGGCACUCAGCUUAUGCCCAUGUGCUUAUUUGUCUCAGGUGGCCGAUUUAAGAAGGAGAUAGUGGUGGAUGGUCAAAGCUACUUACUCCUCAUCAGAGAUGAAGGAGGCCCCCCUGAGGCACAGUUUGCUCUGUGGGUGGAUGCUGUUAUCUUUGUCUUCAGCCUGGAGGACGAGAUCAGCUUCCAGACGGUGUACCACUACUACAGCCGAAUGGCAAACUACCGGAACACCGCCGAGGUCCCUCUGGUCCUGGUCGGCACGCAAGACGCCAUCAGCUCGGCAAACCCCCGUGUGAUUGAGGACACGCGUGCACGGAAGCUCUCCAACGACCUGAAGCGAUGCACCUACCACGAGACCUGUGCUACCUACGGCCUGAACGUCGAGCGCGUCUUCCAGGACGUUUGA